ACCCAUCAAAGCUGUGCUUGUUCAAAGCUCUUAAAAGCUCAUCUUCCCAACCUUCUUCCAUAAUUAUCAAAUCCCCACCAAAUAUUUUCUUCACAUUUUUCCUUUUACGAUGGCGAAUUCUUCUUAUUCUUAUUCUUAUUACAUCACGGAGUCAUCGAGGCCUCGCCGGAAAACCAGCCUGAGAAAGAGGUGUUUGCUGAUGGUGAAGCAGCAGAAGACUCGGUUCUACAUUCUUGGACGCUGCGUUUCGAUGCUUCUUUGCUGGCACGACCACUCCAUAUCCGAUUAGCUAAGCCUAUGCUUGUAAGCUCCGAAUCAAUUUGUUGAUUUUGAUUGGAAACCGCAGAGCGCGGUUUCUGCUCGCGGUUUCCAUUUUCCAGGAGUUCUUUUGGCAUGGAAUUGGAGAGAGAGAUAGAGAUAGAGAUAGAUAGAGAUAGAGAGAGAAUGUUUUGGGAGCCCAUUGACGAGGCAAAGAUAUUUAAGCAACUAUGAAGUAUCGAAUCUUGAACUCGUCCUAACACAAAAACGAAAGAAGACAUCUUUGUCACCAAAUUUUGAUUUGCUUCUUUUGAUCUAUUAUGGGAAAUCUCAAAAUCCCUUGGUUUGACAUUGUUGAAGAUACUAGAUAGGCAGUAGUGACCAAUUCAUGUACAUAAACCAUAGUCUUUUAUUAUUAUUAUUCAGUUUAGCUUGAAAGAGAGAUGGAAAUAAUGAAAGAAACAGAAAAUUUCAGACGCUGUCGCUUCAGGUUAUAUCGUCUCUGGCUUUGUAGAAUGGCUUUGAUAAUUCCUGA